AACCGACGACCCUGGCCCUGACCCAAGACGACUUCUUCACUACGCCGAAGAUCUAGACCCUCUCGUCCACGCCCAGUCGCUGCUCGAGGGACGACCACCCAGCAGGAGGCCAGGCGGCCGCCAAAGGAUGCAGACCAAGGUUGUCGAGGUGCACAAGUAGAGGAAAUAUGGAGUCUGGAGCCAGAGAAUUUUGAGAAAUUGAAAACUGAACACAAUACUCCAGAUGUGGUCUGACCAGGGCAGAGUACAGCAGGACUAACUCUUCCUUAUUCCUGGAAGCUGUGUCUCUCUUAAUGCAGCCUCACAACAGCUCUGUGAGGCCAGUUCAUGGGUUAAUUUUUCUUUUCAAGUGGCAGCCUGGAGAAGAACCAGCAGGCUCUGUGGUUCAGGAUUCCAGACUUGACACAAUAUUUUUUGCAAAACAGGUAAUAAAUAAUGCUUGUGCAACUCAGGCCAUAGUCAGUGUAUUAUUGAAUUGUACCCAUCAAGAUGUCCAUCUAGGGGAGACACUUUCAGAAUUUAAAGAAUUUUCACAAAGUUUUGAUGCUGCAAUGAAAGGUUUGGCAUUAAGCAACUCAGAAGUGAUCCGACAAGUUCACAACAGUUUUGCCAGACAACAGAUGUUUGAAUUUGAUGCAAAAACAUCAGCAAAAGAAGAAGAUGCUUUUCAUUUUGUUAGUUAUGUUCCUGUCAGUGGAAGACUAUAUGAAUUAGAUGGAUUAAGAGAAGGACCAAUUGAUUUAGGCGCAUGUAAUCAAGAAGAUUGGAUUAAUGCAGUAAGACCAGUUAUAGAGAAAAGAAUACAAAAAUACAGUGAAGGUGAAAUACGAUUUAACCUGAUGGCCAUUGUGUCCGACAGAAAGAUGAUAUAUGAGCAGAAGAUAGCUGAGUUACAAAGACAGCUUGCAGAGGAGGAACCUAUGGAUACAGAUCAGAGUACUAAUAUGUUAAGUACCAUUCAAUCAGAAGUUGCCAAACAUCAGAUGCUAAUUGAAGAAGAAAUUCAGAAAUUAAAAAGAUACAAGAUUGAAAAUAUUAGAAGAAAGCAUAAUUAUCUGCCUUUCAUCAUGGAACUAUUAAAGACUUUAGCAGAACACCAGCAAUUAAUACCAUUAGUAGAAAAGGCAAAAGAAAAACAGAAUGCGAAGAAAGCUCAGGAAACCAAAUAAAGAGGAUGCUCGGAGGAAGAUGAUGCUAAUCUUAGUUUCAUGAAAAAACAAGUAUAUGAGUAUAUGAGACUUUUAACAACAUAUCCUAUAUCUGGUCCAGACUUUUAACAUCUUCUGGUUCAGUAUACAUUUGACAAUAGUAACAACCUGUCUCACCUUGAAUGCAUGGAUUCAUACAAUCUUUUCCCUUUACCUGCAUCAUGUGCAUGUAGUGCAUAUUAAGUAAAAGUGGUGUUUAGAGUUGCUUGACCAAAUUCCAUUAUUUGACAUUUAUAUCUGAAUUCUUGAUAGCUUCUCUGAAAAUAGAACUACUGUAUUGCACCUGAAAUGCACAAGUGAUAUUCUUUAGUUCUAAACUGUUCCUAAUUUGUCUUUUAGGCUUUUGUUCCACAGUUAAAAACUAAGAUUUAUAAUAAAACAGAAAAAGGUCAAACAUUAAUAAAAUUUGGACUGCUUUUGCUUUCUUAAAUCUUAUCAUUAAUGGAACAGUUUGCUACACCUCUUUCUCUUUGGUACUUAUUGUUUGGAGGUUUUAAAUAGAAUUUUAUUUUUCAUUUUCUAUACUGAGUAGUUGAUAAUAUUUUAAUUACAAACCCAUUUAAUAAAGGCAAAUGUGUAAGGAUUUCCAUUUCUAUCAGUGGAAAAAAUAAUAAAAGAGCCCAUUUUUAUUUUGGGAUACUUUGAAUUUUUGUUUUGGGUAGAAUUAUUUUUGUGGAAUGUAUGAGAGUAUCAUGUAUUUUGAGGCAUACUUUUUCCUUAAUGAUAGUCAUUUUAUAUUUUAAAAAUUUUCACAAAUUGUUUGGCCAUAUUAUUUUUUAAACUGUUAUCUGUGUCCUGAAAUGGUUUUUUAAUUUUGUGAUUUUACACUUCUGAGGAUCUUCUUUGAAAAUGGGGAUGUGAGUAGAAACCAGUAGGAUCUUAAUGUCACUUAAGAAAAAGUGUAGACUGGAAUGGCUCAAUAUAUCCCCAUAGUGCUAUUUAAAAACACCUUUGUAAUAUUGGGCUUCAUCAAAUUUUACUUUAUAUGAUAUACUUUGUCUCUUUGUUCAUAAAUGAAAUCUCAGAAAUCCUAUUUAUAUCAAAGGAAAUUCCAAUUCUCUUUGUGAAUUAGGCCCAUUACUAAUGUGAAUUUUCAAAGGAGAUUGUUUUAAUACCCCAACACAGUGAUUAUAGUACUUUAAAAUUUGAUGAGAUAUUAAUAAAACAAUUUAAUGACAA